CUUGUCUGAUGAAAUAACUUGGAUUACAGGCUUUACAUGUAUUCAUUUCUACCUUUGCAGACAAAAUGACUUCUAUAAGAAACCUGGUCUGGGCUGCAAUCCUUUUAUGUGCCAUGUGCCUUUUUACAUCCUCUGAUGGAAGACCAAUGGUGAAGAGGUCGGUGAGUGAGAUGCAGCUGAUGCACAACCUGGGCGAGCACCGGCACGCGGUGGAGAGGCAGGACUGGCUGCAGAUGAAGCUGCAGGACGUGCACAGCGCCCUGGAGGACGCUCGCACCCAGAGGCCCCGCGGCAAGGACGACGUGGUGCUGGGCCGCAGGCUGCUCCCGGAGCACCUGAAGAAAUCCAUGGAUCUGGACAAGGCUUACAUGGAGGUCCUCUUUAAAACAAAGCCCUAGUGAGAGCAGCCAGAGAGCCAGCACAUGUCUGUGUAGCAUUGAGCAAGUAGGGCACUUCAUUCUUAUUUAUUCCGGUUGCAGGAAGGAUUCAAGGCUCUCUUCAAGAGUGAGACAUCUCACAACCAAAUAAUAAAAUGUAUUUAUUACAGUCUACCCAGGACCACUGCUGGGUUCCUUUUGGCUGAUGUAUCUUAUAAAUUGCCAGCAUAACAUGAAAAAGAAACCCAAACCAGUAAGAAAGCUGGAAAACCAUUUAAGGCCAGUUCUACAACUCUUCUACAGGCAGUACUUGUGUGUUAAUCAGCAAGGAAUAAAUGCAGGGGAGCCUGUCUCCAGAAUAGGGCCUAGGGUUAAACCUUGUUUAACUUUGUACUAAUGGAAAUACAUAAAUUAAACCCAUGUCUAUUUUCAGAAGAAAUC